AUGGAAGACAAAGACAAGAAUGUCGGGAAACCGGUCUUCUUCCAGUUACCUACUGCGCAGAUCGUCGAUAGCAAAUGGCUAGUGACUGCAGCCAGUGGCCAGCAGCAACGAUUUUACGCGAUUCAACCAACGGCGGCAUUGAGUGGGCAUUUUUUGACAAAUUCCGAAGUGGAAGACGACGUGAAUGUAGUGCUUGCUCUUCCCAUUCCGCAGCAAGUGCUCUACACAAGUGACAGGGUUACGACAGAAACCCAGACAGAGCUGGUUGACGUUUCGACACACGAUCACUCCAAUCCUGGCUCCACGACCAAAACUGUGUUUGAGUGUGACUCUUGCAGAAAAACGUUCAAGCGUAUCGAUAAGCUGGAGGCCCAUCGAAAACUGCACACCGGCGAUUUGCCAUUUCAGUGCGAACAUUGUAGCAAAGUGUUUCCCCGUGCUGAUAAAUUGCGGUAUCAUUCCAUGUUGCACACGGCUGAAAAAACUUUCCAGUGUGAUCAGUGUGAAAAGGCCUUCGCGAGGAUUGACAAGCUGAACCGACACAAGGUGGGUAAAUUUUUCGCGGUGCCACUUGGAUACAGUACUUACACUCGUCUUUGUUGGCUUUUGUUCUCAUCAACUGGAUUGAAUGAUGUUCGAAGAUCUGUUCUUUUUGUUCGUGGCUCUUUAGUCGAACGGAUUCACAGCGACGUUCGUCCAUUUGUGUGCAACAUGUGCUUGAAAGGUUUCAUCACCAGGGACAAAUUGAAUCUGCAUACAAAAAUCCAUACCGGAAUACGGCCAUUUGUUUGCGAAGUGUGUCAAAAGGGAUUCAUCACGGCAGACAAGCUCAAGUGGCACACGAAAAUUCAUUCGAGUGUCCGACCUUACGUCUGUGACGUGUGUCUCAAGGGUUUCGUCACACCAGACAAGUUGAGACGACACAAACAAACUCAUUCGAAGGACCGGCCGUUCAUUUGUGAAGUUUGUCACAAAGGUUUCGUGGCGCCAGAUCGACUUAGAAUGCACAAGAGGAUUCACACUGGAGAUCGUCCUUACACGUGUGAAGUUUGUCAGAAGACUUUUAUAACUUCUGAACGUUUGAGAAUUCAUCGGAAAAUCCACAGUACUGUGAGGCCCUUCAGUUGUGAAACUUGCAGAAAAGGAUUUGUCACUGCGGAACGACUCAAGAUGCAUGUGAAAAUUCACAGCAAUGUGCGGCCAUUUGUUUGUGAGACGUGCUGCAAGGGUUUCGUGACUGCGGACAAACUCAAGUGGCACCUGGUGGGUUUAUUUCAGACGAGGCAAGAAAAAAAGGCUGUUUUUGCGUCAAAAAUUCAUAGCGGGAUUCGUCCUUUUCUGUGUGAGGUUUGUCAAAAAGGAUUCUUGACCGCUGACAAACUCAAGUGGCAUUCCAAAAUUCACACUGGUGUGAAGCAGUUCAUCUGCGAAGUUUGCCAGAAAGCUUUCUUUACUCCGUACAAGCUGAAGUGGCAUAUGAAGGUGCACAGUGGGAACCAGCCUCACGUUUGUGAAGUUUGCUUGAAAUCGUUCGUGCAUUCUGACAAGUUGAAGAGGCACAGAAUGAUUCACAGUGGAGAAAGGCCUUUCACGUGCGAAAUUUGUUGCAAAAGUUUCACGAGGUCCGACAAAUUGAAAGACCACAUGAAAUUGCAUAAAGGCAUUAUCAAACAAGAAGAAAUGUCGGGAAUCGGUCUUGCCGAGGAGAUUAUGCGUGCUGAUGUUAUCCGAGUUGUCACUGACAAUUUGGAAACGAAAUUAGAGUCUGAAGUCAAGACCGAAACACCUCUGGUUCAACUAAGUAUUCUUACUCAGCCAGACAACAUGCUCUCUUGA